UUGUGAAGAGAGAGAGAGAGAGAGAGAGGCAUAUCGACGUUAGAUUUGUGAUUUGUGGACGAUGAGUUGUUCAGUAGCAGCAGCAUACUCAUCAGUUGGAACAUGUACAUGGAUGCGGCUUUACCCCCAAAAGAGAACCCCAACCACUCUUGCAAUCUCCUCCACUCAUCACAAAUGUUCACACAAGCAACAACAACUAGAACUAGUAGUCACUCCUCCCCUCUUGAAGAGAAGAGAUGCAAUAGGCCUUGGGCUUGGGCUUGGGCUUCUCCAUUCCUUCUUGCAGCCACAGUCCUCAUCAGCAGCUGAAUCAGCACCAUGUGAAUUAACAGUAGCUCCUUCUGGCCUUGCCUUCUGUGACAAACUUGUUGGAACUGGCCCUCAGGCCGUUAAAGGCCAGCUUAUUAAGGCACACUAUGUUGGGAGAUUGGAGAAUGGCAAAGUUUUCGACAGCAGCUACAAUCGCGGCAAGCCACUUACAUUCCGCGUCGGCGUUGGAGAGGUCAUCAAAGGAUGGGAUGAAGGCAUUUUAGGAGGUGAUGGAAUUCCUCCAAUGCUUCAAGGAGGGAAACGUACGUUGAAGCUUCCACCAGAACUCGGAUAUGGUUCAAGAGGAGCGGGUUGUAGAGGAGGUUCAUGUGUCAUUCCACCUGAUUCAAUACUCUUUUUUGAUGUGGAAUUUGUUAGCAAAGCAUGAUUUGCAAAGCCAUUAGCAGUAAAAUUACAUUCAUUUUGGUGGAGCUUGAUAUAUGCUUACAUGUAUAUUGUUUAUUGAUAGAUCAUAAAUCAUUUCUUUACUAAUUGAUAAUAUUUCAUCAGUCUAA